AUGGAUGAUAUGUUUGUACGCCUUGUACUUCAUGGUCUCCCUCAACAUUUGUUCUACUCUGUCAUCGAUUUACAACUUCAAGAAUUGAAUGAUCGUUUCUCAGAGACUUAUAUUUUUGACAUACACUCUAACAAAGAGUUUGAAGGGUUGAAUGACCUUGGUGAUCUUGCGAAAAAGUUAGUUUUGACAAAGAAAGAUAAGGUAUAUUCAUUGGUUUAUAGACUUUUGACUUUAACGGUUGUUACCGCUACUGUGGAGAGAGUCUUUUCUGCAUUGAGCAUUAUAAAGGAUAGAUUGUGCAAUCGGAUGGAUAAUCAGUGGAUGAAAGAUAGCACAAUUGUUUAUAAUAUGGAAGCAAAUAAUCUGCGCAUCACUAUUAUACAACUCGGGCUUCAAUGUAGUUCGAGUUCAGCUAUUCUCUACUAG